AUGAAAAAUUUAAAUCCAUUUCCUACCAGUACUGCUUCCGUAUUAAAAACAGGAAGAAGACACGUUGCACUUUUGAAAGGAAAGACUCUUCUCGGAAAUUCAAUUCUGUUACCCACCUACUUGAAUAGCCAUCCUCCUCAUUAUCUAUCUUUAUUGGAGAGUAGUGGCCAACAACGACAGUUUCACUUUUUGUCCUCCUCCUCCUCUCUCGGAAAUACCUUUCAUCAACGAAAACAAACUCAUACACUGAUUGAGCUCAAUCAUAAUAUCCAACGAUUUGCUCGAAGAUCUUUGAAGAUGCAACCCCAACAACAACAACAUCCUCAAGUAGAAGAAGAAACUCAUCCGUGUUGUAACCACCACAACCAUCAUCAUCAUGAACAACAUCACGAUACUAUCCUUCUCAACAACAACAACAACAACAUGAACAACCCUGCAAUGACUACUACCUUCUGUCCCGGAGUUGAUUUUAGUACUCUCUCCAUUGACAAUCAACAAAACACUGGCAACUCAGCAUCAGCAUUCAAGGGAGAAGAGCCUUCGGAACACAACCUCUCUCGAUCCAUUGAGGGUUUAUUACAAAAGUUUGAAACCAAUCGAGGAAUCAAUGCUCCAGGACGAUUAAGCAGAAGUAGAAGUACCGAUGAGUUUUUGACUUGCUAUGACAAGUUAUUACAAGGUAAUAAGAAUUUCGUUCUUGAGAAGACUUCUAAAGAUCCAAAAUUCUUUUCACGUUUGAAGGAAGUUCAACGACCUGAUUACAUGUUGAUUGGUUGUUCCGAUAGUAGAGUGCCACCGGAUCAGUUGACUCAGACUCAACCAGGUCAAAUUUUCAUUCACAGAAAUGUUGCCAACUUGGUCGUGAAUACAGAUUUGAAUGUCAUGUCUGUUUUGCAAUAUGCUGUUGAAGUGUUGAAAGUGAAGCAUGUGAUUGUGAUGGGUCACACUCGAUGUGGAGGUGUGAUGGCUGCUCUCACAAACAAACAAUUCGGUUUGAUUGACAAUUGGUUGAGAAAUAUUAAGGAUGUCUAUCGUUUGCAUAAGGCAGAAAUUGAUGCCAUUCAAGAUAAGGAUCAAAAGAUCAAUAGAAUGAUUGAAUUGAAUGUCAUUGAGCAAACUUUGAAUCUUUGUAAGACAAGUAUUGUACAAUCUGCGUGGGCAAAGGGAAAUACUUUGCACGUUCAUGGAUGGGUCUGUGACAUUGAAACAGGUCUCAUUAAGGACUUGGAGAUUGAAGAGACUAGAUGGAAAGAAAUUGAGGAUAUUUACAAGAUCGAUUUUGAACUUUAA